AUGGCGACCUCCUCGCGUCUCGGCGGUGCCGGCCUCCCCUCCGGAUCCACAUCCUCCAUCAUUGCCGGGGCCGUGAGCGGCUACCACUUGCUCAAGGUCGACGGCUACUCGCGCACCAAGGAGCUCCCCAAUGGCGAGUGGAUCGACUCUUGCCCGUUCCAGGUGGGAGGCCGCACAUGGCAUCUUCGUUACUAUCCCAACGGGGACAAGUCCGAGUACAUCGAUUACAUAUCCCUCUUUCUCACACUCGAUGAUACCGUAGCCAAGGGCGAGACCGUGAAGGCACAAGUUAAGUUCAGCUUAAUCGACCAAGACGGGAAGCCGGUGCCGCUGCAUACCUUGACUACCAAGAUCAGAGACUUUUUGGUGGGUAAAAGUUGGGGAUUCCAGAAGUUUAUGAAAACGGAGGAAUUGGAGAAAUCAGAGCAUCUCAAGGACGAUUCCUUCACUGUAAAGGUCGAUGUCGCUAUGAUGAGCGAGUUCCACGCGCAGGAGACACCAUCCAUCCCGGUGCCACCGUCUGACUUGCACCAGCAUUUGGGGAUUCUCCUGUCGAGCAAGGCGGGCGUCGAUGUCGAAUUCCGAGUCGGCGGGGAGACAUUUUCGGCCCACCGGUUGGUGCUAGCGGCGCGGUCUCCAGUCUUCAGAGCAGAAUUCUUCGGUUCGAUGAAGGAGGGAACCACCACUGAGGCCAUACCCAUAGAUGACAUGGAGGCGCAAGUGUUUAAUGCUCUGCUUACUUUCAUGUACACUGAUACGUUGCCAGAUAUGAAGCAACAAGAAGAAUCUGCCAUGGCUCAGCAUUUGCUUGUUGCAGCAGAUAGGUAUGAUUUGGAGAGGCUGAAGCUGAUUUGUGCAGAUAAGUUGUGCAAGCAUAUCGAUACUAGCUCCGUGGCGACCAUCUUGGCAUUGGCGGAGCAGCACCACUGCCAGGAGCUUAAGGCAGCAUGCUUGGUGUUCCUCAGCUCACCGACGAAUCUGGAUGCAGCCAUGGAGUCUGAAGGUUUUGAGUUUUUAACCAAGAACUGUCCCGGUGUUAUGAAGGAUAUCCUCGUGUCCCAGGUUGUUCCUAGUUUACUUGGGAAAAGAAAAUCAAAGGCAUGA